AAAAACAUUAAAUAUAUUCGUUCGCGUGAAUGAAUAGUAUCCGCCCUGCUGUCACUCACACUGGCGGCUCACGCUCGUUUGAGAACCGAGCGCACCUCUCGCUCCACGGACCCCGGAAGUCAGGAAACGGGAAGGAAAGAAAAAAUCUCGGGAAGAGAAAAGUUUCUGCACAUUCUUUUUGUUUUUAAACAUGAGCCGAAUUUACCACAACACGUGUUUACAGAACAAACCGGUGCACAAUGAGAAGUAUGACGGCGCGUGGUCUCCGUCCGCGUACGACAGUGGCAAGGGAGUUCUCGUAGAAGGAAAAUUGAUGGAUGUUUCCAGACAUGCGAUCAAUGAUGUCAAAAACCAAAAGGUUCGUUUCUACGUGCUGUACGUGAAACCCGGCCGCAUCCAUCAGAGGCGGUUCGACGCCAAGGGGAACGAGAUUGAGCCGAACUUCAGUGACACCAAAAAGGUCAACACUGGUUUCCUCAUGUCCUCCUACAAGGUGGAGGCCAAAGGGGAAUCGGACCGCCUGUCCCACGAGCAGCUGUCGGCGGCGGUGAACAAAGACGAGCUGGUGAAAAUAACCGACCGGCACCGACCCGACGGCACCUGGGCCUUCUGGUACCCGGAGACGGAGAUGGACCAAACGGAGCUGGAGACGGGACAGGACGUCCGGCUGAAGACCAGAGGGGACGGUCCUUUCAUAUUCUCUCUAGCCAAAGUGGACGGCGGCACAGUGACCAAGUGCAACUUUGCCGGAGACGAAAAGGCCGGCGCGUCGUGGACGGACAAGGUUCUGGCCAACAAAUCGGAGGCGGGCGGCUCAAACAAGUCGGGAGGAGAAGGAGAAGGAGCGGAGGAGGACGAAUGGGACGACUGAGUAAACCGUCGGCCCCUUCGGCCUGAACCCGCGGCCUCCAGGUCGAACUGCUUGAGCUCCACGUGUCUCCGUCUCUCCGUCUCCGGACCGGACUCCCGCGGCUCACCGGGGCGUCGGACAUCGACUCUUCCGGUCGGUUGUGAUGCAGACUGUGUCUUUGAAACUGAACCUUAUUCCUUGUAUACUCUGGAUUAUAGCCACACAUCAUUUAUACGACCGGAAAUACUCCUUGGCUGUUUGUGUCCACAUGGACUCGAGCACAGGACUUCUAUCAUAAGAUGAUCAUGUCAAAUCUCCACGAAGGCAGGAUUAGAUUCUGUGAUCGAGGUGGGGUGCUUUUAAUAUUGCAUUCACUAAUGAGUGAUCAUAUGUGGGGCUGCAACUUGCGAUUGUUUUCAUCAUCGAUUAAUCUGUUCAUAAUUUUUUCGCGAUUAAUCGAUGCGUUGUUUGGUUCAUAAAAUGGUGAAAAAUGUCGACAGUGAUUCCAAACAACCUAGAUGAUGUUUUGUUUCGUC